AUGGAUAUAGCGAUACAAGCGUAAAUAUAGUGAAAUGUUAACCAGACUUUAAAAUUGUUUGCUUAAUUAUUAUUCUAUGGUUAUUUCAAGCUUCCAUCGCUUGUAGACGUGGACGACUUUCAAUGCAAAGUUGCAAAAUGAAUUAGUACUUAAUAGGACGUCCUAUUAAUUUGCAAGUUGUCCCUGCGUUUCAGUACAUAAACCAUAAACUCCUCGGAGGCCUCUGUAAAAGCCAAUCUUAAUGUAAAUGUCGUCGAUGUUUGUUAAAUUUUUUCAGCCAUCUAUUCAUUAUGACUAACGAAUCACCAGAUAAUCGAAGUUUAUUAGUUAGAUUAGUUAACCUCUCACACCUCGUGCACGGCUGUGCACGAUUGUUCGUUUUUAAUAAGUGGCGGGCAUAAAUAUGCGAUUGAACAUUUUAUCUUCCCAUGCAUACGAGUUGGAGGCUUAUGCAGAUAAAACUUCCUAUGUUGCUUACAGACCACUAUGAAAACUCACAUAUAUGGUGAACUGACUUGGAUGUUUAAUCAGUCGUGAGUGAGAGAGCUGAUGUGACAGCUGCAUAUUUCCUCCAGCAUGAAACCUACAAGUUUUAGACUUUAUCGUGCGCAUUUGACGCAGUUAGCUAACAGAAUGUGGUAUGUCUGGCGAGCAUUGUUACGCGGCCUUCCAGAAGGUGAAGACGUCGGAUCAGGAAAACAAUUUUAGAGGACAACAGACUGCUCAACUAAGAAUACGGCUAUAUCUGAAAGAAAUUCGCUGAAAGGACAAGACAGGUAGAGCAAUAAGACGAUGCGUGUGGAGUGAUCUUAUAGGGAGUUAAGAUAGUUGGCAGACGAAUUAAAAUUCGUGUUCUAUGGCCAACCAGUAAGUCUAAUUGCCAACGUUGGUGAUGAUUCCGUCCCCGUGUGGAGAAGUCUUCACGAAUAGCUGAUUGCUUAACGUAACAUCCUGGUGUCCCAUCUACUACCAUGGACGGCUGAUAUGAUCCGGACCUCGUCGUUCAACAAUUGAGCAUUUAAUGGUUGUUAACAAUAUGCGUUCUCUUUUUAGUCAGUUCGUUUGUUAGACUUCAGGUUAACCAAAAAUAUAAAUUAUAUCAUUUGCGGGACGAAGGAAGUAGGCAAUUGAUAUGACCGUAGAAAUGGGAGCGGGUAGCAGAUUUCACAUGUUAUUACCCUCAGGUUAUUUUCUUAUUCAAUCGCACAGUUAUUUGUCUCGCCUGUCUGGCUUUUAAAAGUUUUUGAAUGAUUUGAAGACCGGGCUGAUCACACGGUGAAAGAGAGGCGACAUUACACUGUGCGUUCCCGCAAUUCCUAAGUUUCAAACAAAGUCCGCUUUCACUCGACUUAAAAAACUUGAUGCCCUUCUUCUCCUUUUAUUCGAAGUCUAGGAUGUGGGACAUUGUACAACGUAAUACAUAAGAAACAAGCUUUAAAAACACCAUAACUGUCUAGAAAACGCACUCCCACAGAGUAUAUCACGGUCGAUUGCAGAAACAAUAAGCACUGCAUGAUUACAAGUAUACCGAUUUUGGCUUCGUUGUUUGAGGUUGCAAACACUAUAAUUUCAUACUCUCUUUUACAAAAGUACGUCUCCUCCAGAAUUUCUCCAACACAUCCUGUUUUCAGAAAAACAACCUGGUGUGUGUUUAGAAAUAAAAAAGAGCUUGAAAUAAGAGACGGCGUCAACCGACCGAUAUUAAUUUUAACUCAAGAAAAUUCCUUGAUUUUCAUCCGUAAGUUUUCCAGAAAUACUUCACGUAACAAUCUAGAGGUACCUUCGAGGACGCCAAAAAAGCGUAUCAAUUUCUGUUGUGCGUUUUGCGACCUUUGUUUUCUGUCCUUACUUUUGUCGAACGCUGACUCGAUUUCUUCCACUUGCCAUUCUGUUGUCCGGCUGUUAGAUCCUCUGAGUAUGUACCGACCUCGCAAAUUCAUACCCAAUUCAGCGACAAAGUAAAAUUAACCAAAGAGCAUCUGCAUAUUUCUGAGACGUUUUUGGGAAGCUUGUUCAGUGCUAUGGAUCGUUUCCCUAACCGCUAACCACCAUGCGUUAUAAACAUCCCGUGGACAUUCAAUGUUUUUACAAAUUUCCCGACCUUCUCUACCAUCUGCCAUCUCCUUGGGACGUCCCAUUUUUAAUUCUAACACUCAAGGUUUAAUUCAUGCGCACCGUCUGUUGCGUCAACCCAGGAUUUGCGGUCUUCCUGCGUCUCAACAACCUACUUUGUUAAACAGUCUGCGUACAGAAUUGUUGUAGGGAAAAUUAAAACUUCCGAAAUAAUACACAUUAAAUGAAUUUGCGCUCUGAAGCAAAGAGCCUAAGCUCUAAAUAAAAGCAGUUUCACUUGGUGGACAAACUCCACAUAACACCUCAUCCUAGUUAACCCCUACUUGUGCUUAGUCAGAAAACUUUAAUUUCUCGACUACCGAAGAAUGUUUCAUAGAGCUAACUUGCGUCCCAAAUGCAACAUUUCCCUGCCAUUAAAGACCUGUCCCGUUAUGAAUAGCUCUUAGGUAUGCUUAGCAUACCUCUCUGUGGUAAAUAAGCCUUAUUCAUUUUGACCCAACUGUGAAAAACUCGGUGCUUCAGUGACAUUCGAACCCAGGCUUACGUGAGCCUGGUAGUCAUCUGGUGGAGUCUAGGUGAAUACCACAGGAAAUCCUCCUUUGGCAGUCAGCUGGCUUUGUCGGAUUCCAGAUGUCGCAGUAUGCUGGGCGGGCAAACGUGACUCAAAAUGUGAUUAAACCUUCGUCGACCGGUGGAGCCUCGUUUCUCAGAUGGUUAGAGCAUUGGCUGUACUAAAGCUUCCCCUUGUCUUGGGUUCGAAUAUCACCGAGGCACCGAGUUUUUCGCAGUUGGCUCAAGGUGAAUUAUUUGAAAUCUGCCUCAGCACCUCUGAAAUAAGCCUAGGAUUUCUUGUGGGAAAACAUGGUAUGUCUGCUUAGGUCGAAACUAAAGGGUUGAUCUGUCGAAGUGAAUAAUGUUUUCAUGGACGCCUACAGUGUAGUCCCAUGUCUUUGGUCAUUGAAACAGCCUACACUGUUUUUAAAGUGCUGUUUUUUGCCAUGAAAAAUUAAUUUUUAGACCAGUUCAUUUAAACAGACUACUUAAAAAGUGUCUUUCUUAUCCUUUUUGAUUCUACACACUGCUGUAUACUUCUUUUAUGUGACCGGUUUAGUGGGGAAUCGGUUUCCAUAGGUAUCGAUGGCAUACUAUAUGUGCUUGAACCGGUGGUGCGUUCUUAUCAAAGCCAGUUAUUUAGUGGAAGUUAGUGAGUAGCUAGAGAAACCGACGUAUUCUCGAUUUUCGGACUCGUCUCCCGAACCAUCGUUAGGAGCAUCAAAACGUUUUCUCUGAUAUCAAGUAACAAUUGAUAGGUAGCCUGGCUCUUCCAUGACAGUUCAAACGUCUUUCUCCACGAUGUCCACGGUAUACCCCACAACAGGAUGGUCACAGGGACGGGGACUUGCGCAAGAGUUACUUUGUGGAUGGUGGACUCGCGUUACAUCUGCUGCACAUCCUCCUCCUCACUCAUCUUAGUCCGGUGCCCAGACAGACCCAAAAAACCCGAAGACGGGAUCGAGCGCAGGUGACUAGCACGGCGUGAACCCGCGCCUAGGCGUGUCACCACACCUCUGGGCCAUAACCAAAUGACAUGGCUUUCACACGACAAGAGGGGAAAAGGUGGCUUGGGUCCCUAUUUGAGAGGAAGUGCCAUAAAGGCCACUUUAAGAAGGCGCUAUUGCAAGGUGGGUUAAUCGGUGCCGUCCCUAGAUAGGGCUGCUUAGACAUCCUAUGGACACGGCGACGGGCAAUCCCAUAGGCCGCCCGGGCCAGCUUAGACACCCUCGCAUUAAAUCGAGUCGUGAUCCACAGUGGAGUUCGGCGGCUGUCUGAAUUUUUGCGCCCACUCGACCUAACCAACUGUCAGUGAAAUAUUUGGCCUAUGAGUUCCUUCGCAAAUAGCUGCCUUACCUGACCUGAACAAUCCUUCUCACUUUCUCUCUCUCUCGAUCUCUUUGUGACCUCUGAACCAACUGUUAUCUUGCCGUCGCAGGACUGAGGACGGUGGAUCCAGCGUCGAGGAGGAAACAAAGGAGGAAUAUGAUUUCAACUACCCCUUCCUCUUCAGCGACAUGGUUUUGGUUGUGCAAAAUGAGAGGCUUCACUGUCAUCGAGCCAUCCUCUCCCUCUAUUCUCCUGUCUUCAAAACGAUGUUUCAGAGCAAGUUCGAGGUAAAAUUGCAUUCAGCUUUCAUGUUUUGACAAUCAUUCGACUCCCUUUUGCUUAACCGCCUUUCAUGGAGGACAACCUCUGCUGUAAAUCAGCACAUAUCCAUGCCUGAAAUUUUGUCCUCCGCUGACAUUGAUCCACAAUGUAGAAUAUCCACCCAUGAACACAUGGAGAUCUGAAGUAAUGGGGCGUAAUGCCUUUGAAAACCAUUCCUGUCCCAGGUGUUAUGCCUGGUCCAGCGGCUCAUUAAGUGUUUGGGCAAAAUGCUCUUACCGCUUGAGUUACCGAGCCCAGACUCUGUUGACCGCGAUCCGGAGUAUAGGGUUUCACGUCGAAGUGGCGUUCGCCGAACGGUCCGACCAAAAUGGUGGAAUGCGGAGCGAUCCCUUUGGACUUCGCUGGCGGUCGCAUGUCGAUGGCUGGCUGACGAUGACAUAUUGGCCAGGAAUAGUCGCCGUGUGACCGUCUGCGCUGGCCGUGGACCCAGAAGUACUCCAAGUCGUAGUUCGGCCUCCCCACCUUCCGUCCUCCAAUCAAAACUGAUGGGUGAACGCUUAUCUCACGUGUCACUGAAGUGCUGGGAUUUCCAGGCAUGCAGGGCGCUAAAUUACUCCAACAAAUGCCUUAGCCUCUAAUUUGCACAAGACAUCAUCCUGCUGCAAAUUCCUAUUCUCUUACAGAGGUUGAAAACAGGUAAAAACGCUCUCCACCACGACCGCAUAUUGAACUCCCGGAGUACCCUGUAUCGAAGGGGGGGGGGCUGGAAUUAUAUCGCGUAUAGACUUCCAAAACAUCUUCCCGCAGGCAAGGUGGGCUGAAAGCAACUUGACGAUUUUUACGCACCGGAAAAAAAUACGUCUUUUUCUCAUUACCUCCACGCCCUGUUUCCUGAAUCCUUAAGUUCAGCGUAGGCUGUAAUUGUUUUCCCUGUGAAGGCCCUUUACGUGGGACUAGCCUGUUGUGUUCGAAAAUUGGCGUAUUUACUGCUACCGUAUGAAGGCAAUUGGUCAUUUGAAGUUCACGACGAACCAAUUGUCAUCGAGAAUCUCUUGCGUGCCCUAGGCGCAAUCAGUCCUGGGGGGGGGGGGACAACGUUCCGACGAGCAUGCUUAUUCCUGCUGGCAGACUGUCGAGGCAUUAAUUCCGUGUGUCGACAAUUUGUGCUCCUACAAAUUCACACGCUCUUAUGUGUGUGCGCUGGCGACAACGAGGGCUAGCGGUUUAGAUGCACGCGAAAGCCCCCACUGGACCGCGCCUUCGAAAGCGUUCGGUAGACCCGACGUCUUUUGUCUUCCGUAGUUGUCGGUAGGAGCGAAAAGUUGGCAAGAAGAAACCACAGUCAGUGGAACAAGAGUGAUGAUUGGCCGACGUUUCGGACUCUAUUUGGGCACGGGAUUACCGACCCCCCCCCCGAACUAUAUGUGGCCUUGCGUUGCAUUCCUGGGGGUACCUAUUCCCAUGUUCUAGCUUUAACCACAAACAUCCUAGCUAUAACUCUCACAUUCGGUAAGGAUAUGUUGUGUAACCCCACUGGGUUUUUCGUGUAUGCGUAACUGCUAUAUCUGUUUUAGCAGGUCUUGUUUUGUUUAGUAAUUCAUAGCUACAGGAAGUCCCCCAUUGUGCGCUAUCUAACCGCAUGCACCGAGUCGUUUCAGUUCGACUUUUUUAAAGAUAAAUUAUAUGGCACGACGCUCUCGCUCCCCUUCUCGUAAUGGCCUCGUCUUAGCUUGAUUUUAUAGUUACUCCAAAGUACUUGAAUUGCUUUUGUUGUCGAUUCCGUACGCCGUGACUUACUUAUUUCUUCCGGAAGAGUUGUUAAACCUCUUUGUGCCAUGACGGUACUCACCAUAUUAUGCGUGCUGCAAGGAUCGCCGGCUGAGUUUUGGUUUAUUUUAUCUCGGUUAGAGCACAAACGCUCUACUUCCUCGAUAUCUCUGAACGGUUUCUGUUGUCGAACGCCUACGCCUGACUUAUUUCUUUCUCUAAGAAUACCUGUGUAUGGUUCCUCUCAUAAACAAUAAUAAGAUGGUUCAAUUUAGUUGAGGGGUGGGGUUACAUAACCUACCGUUGCCUAACACUCGUACUAAUUCUGAUCCCCCGGGGAUUUAGCGCAAGGGGAGUCUCUAUUCCCGUGCCCUCCACGGAUUUCUACUUAAACUCAUCAUCAGAGAAAUUGCUGGUGGCUUCAGCUGCAUCCUUCCACGUCCAUCAUUCUUAUCGGUAACUGUCUCCGACUAUUAGUUCGAGUGGAGAUGCGAAACGUCGGGCGAAUGAAAUGCCUGUACGGUUGUGUUCUCUUGUACUUCACGGCCGCAUGCCAGUACUUCGUUCCGACGGAUCCCUCCCUGUCCAGGGGUUGCACACCUGAGGAAUGAGUGUGGUUGGCUGACGACGGCUAACCAUUGUAUAUUCCCGAUCGAAAACCGACAGGGCAGCGAGCUCGUGGCCCAAUGAUUAGAGGCGUGGACUUCUAACAACCAGGUCGCCAGUUCGAGCCUCAGGUGUUCCAUACUUCGGGGUUGUAUGACUGGCUGACGACGGCCAAUAAGGCAGAAAAGGCCAUUCCAAUCUCCCUUGUCCUUGACGGUAAUGCGAAUCCGCCCAUAUCACACAGAGCUGUGCGAUUGCAAGCUGGGCUCGAGAGAGAGAGUCCCACGACAGAACGGGAUGAGUGACUUCCGUAGCGCGAUCAACGAGCGUCUCCCUCUACCACUGUAUACAUCGGUUAGCAACCAACAGGACAACGAGCCCGUGACUUAGUGGUUAGGGGCUUUCGACUUUUAACUAACAGGUCGCCGGAUCGAGCUCCAGAUGUUCCACACUUCGAGGUUCGGUGCGGCCAGCUGACGAGGGCCAAUAAGCCAGAAAUGGCCAUUCCAGUCUCCCCUGUCUUCGUCAGCAAUGCUAUUCUACCCAACCUGAGAUUAUUAUAUGUUGUAAUAAUACAAAGUCUUUAAGUAGCAUGCUUUAACUUACGCUACACAAUUAGUGCUCACGUAAUGUGCAGCUCCGGAGGAAACACGUCUAAUAAACGCCCCAUGUGAAAACGGAUAAAGCCAGCAACUUGACUUUUGCAGAAUUCACGAGGACGAUCUGCUCAUUCGUUAGUAAAUGUCACAUUUUCUCAUCCCUCGGGAUCGUAAAACAGGUUGCUGUACAGUGCAGGGUUAGGCAGGUUGUGUGACUAUGACUUUCCUUCACUUUGGUAUGAUGACAUCUUUGCUUGGCAUUUCCAAAAUGGCGGUUCCUGCAACGUACGCAUUUUUUGCAUUUCCAAACCAGGAAACGUCCAAAAACCAGGUCUCCAUGCCACAGGAUGAUCCCCAAGUGGUGCGAGAAUUGUUACGUCACCUCUAUACCCCCGGCGGUCGGGAGAUGGACAGUAAGUUGUGUUCGUUUGUUUAAAUACUCACCAGAGACUUUCACUUCUCUUGUUGAUCUUUCGAGAUAGUGUCAGAUUGCCGCGUCAUCUGCCCCGACCAGGCGCUUCACACUGGCGGUGUAGGCAAAUGCAUUUUAUCAACAUCGGCAAAGUGAUAUGGUAAUUAGGGUGAUCAUUCAACCCAAGGAUCUAGGUCGCCAUUGCCCCUUCUUUACCGGUAUGUGGGGAACGCUUGUAUUCAGGUAAAACGAAUGCCUAUUCAGUCUCAAGACCCUUGCUGAAGUUGAAGAACUCCACAAAGUGAGUCAUGUGGUGGGACCUACUUUCAAGAACCCUGUUAAGGGGGGGGGGAGGUCGGGCGCAUUUCAAAUGCACGCAGUCGGAAGAAACCUACCAAACAAACACACCCUCCUUGGGUUGACCCGUUCAGAUGAAUUUUCAGUUUAAUGUGAAAGUAGAGCUUAAUUUUAGAUCGUGGUAGCAAUGCGGAAAUAGGCAUGGUCACCUUGUCUUGGAAUUUAGACCCACAAUCAGGAUACUUCAGUGAGAACCGCUACUACACGACUUUACAUAUUCCGAACCAGAACCUACAGAACGCAGCUGCAUGAUUCAAAAUGUAGAGCGUCUGACUACAUGAUCAAACAAACCGGGGUUUCUGUCUCAGACCAUUCUCGCCUUGUGUAGGAGCAUAAGCGUCUUUCAACGAUGAGCAAGAGUGAAAAAUUCUGAAGAAGGAGAAGAUUAGUUCGCUGAAGCAGGAAUUCUACCGGCCUGACGUUUCGGAUUCUCACAAAGACCCAUCAUCAGGUGCAGUCUCAAACUGUCGAUUGUUGCUGAUGAUGCGCUUGAGCGACAGUCCGAAAUGUUAGCCUAUUAAGCGUCCUGUUACGGUUAUUUAAUCUCAUUCUCCAGACCAUCUUUAUGGAACUCACCUAUUCGCUUCCAUGGACAAGUUUAAAAAGACCUUCCCAGUCAUCCAUGCAAUUUGGGGUCUACAAGCGGGCUCUACGGGAUCAACGGCUUCUCACUCCUCACGCAUUUAAUUAAAUAGAUUUCAACGCGACAUAAAGGCCAGAAAUUCUGAUAUUAAACCUGGAUACCCGACCUUGCCUGCUGUCAGAGCAGUUAUAUGCUUAGCACUGAUGAUCGAUCAAGCAUUCGAUGGAUGUUUUUCGUUGGCUUGUGUGUUCAGGAUAAGGUUCGAGUUGCUACCAGGCCGUAGUACCUAAAGUUUUCCCCAAUAUAUAUCCAAGUUAGAUAAAUCUACCCUCGAACUGCAGGCCCUUUUUGAGGUUUCCUUCUUCAAAACCAUACGCGAGCUUUUAAUCUCGAAUAUCACGAGCAUCUAGAUUCCAACCAGGGUUCGUCAAUCCUACCUUCUAAAUGUGAUUCGUAACCAACCACCACCUUGCACCUGGGAUGAAUAAAUCGCUAAGCCGUUGCCGUGAGAGAUAUUUCACCUUCUCUCCCUCCCCCGCCCCUACCACCCGCUUUUCUGGUGCAUUUCACGCAUCAGUUCACGCAUAGCCGUUGGGCUCUUUUUGACUGUGUAUACCUGGGAAGCUUGCGGAAUACAAAUUAGAUGGAGGCCUUUUCACUUUUCACAACAUCCCCUGCACGCUCGCGCUCCGAUUGGCUAUUCGAGCGUCGCAUUACUCUGACACACUAAUCCGCCAACCGCCCUCGACAGCAGUGCUGCCUACGCGACCUGUCAUCACUCCAAUGUUUUCGACCUGAUGAGGUCACACCUAACUCACAAGCAAUCACCGAAAGACAGCAGCAGACUCGGGACUGCAACUCUAUAAGCAUAUAGGAACUGCGUGUGUGUGAAAGUCGAGGGCUUGUGACGGCGGGGAGCAUGGUCGUCUUGGUUCCUCCGUAGAUCGAGGCGUAAGCAAGGCAGGUUAGCAGAUCCCAUAGAAAAGAAGCUUGUAGCAACAACGAGUACCUGGCAUGUAAUAUUAAGGCUACCAAGAGUAGUAUCGCCUUUAUAAUAAAUGAUACUAGCCACUAAUAUAACCGUCAUCAAUAUCUGUUAGCCAUCUUGGAAUUACAUUUUCAAUACCCGCUUUAAAAAGGAAGUUUGUUUUGGUGCAAAGAAUCACUGGUAUUCCGAAAAGUUUUCCGCUCAAUAAAUGCUAAUCAAUUGGCGCACAAUCGGUUGAAUAUGAUGGAUGACGCAAAUGUUCCCACCCUAAACCUCGAAUCUUGUUCUGGAUCUGUCGGGCUGAAUGCGAUCAAGCGUUGCCAUAGGACAGAAUGACACUUUUAGUAUUGAUAAGCGCUGAAUGUUUCCCGUCAAGAGCCUGGUCCAGACUUUCUAACUGUUGGCAAUAGAGGUUACGGUCUGACCUUGUUCCAGUAGCUCAAAGCGAAGUAUGCCUACCACAGUCCACUAAACACGGCAAGAAUCUCCUAGGGUAUGGGCCGGAUUGCGGCAUAAGAACUGGUACCUGACUUGUGGAAAACCACUGGUAUUUACGCUCGUUGUUGACACAAGGAGUUCAUUUUUCAUCUCCAGUGACAAUUCAAUGAGGAAAUAGUGGUAACAAUCGGGAGAUGGCACCCAAAAAAUCUGCCUAAUCAAAGCGGCCUGUCUUACGGGACAGGUGGUAAUAGGGGUUUUAUGGGUGGUGACUGGUCGGGAUGUACGAUACUAACCGACGGAAAGCCUUAUUUGAACAGGCGAAUGAUCGGAGUUGGCCCGCUCUCCGUUCCGUUAUUACAAAAUUGGUCGCCAAAGGCAGGAUAGUGAUAACGGACGAGUUGAAGGCGUAUAAUCGUCUUCCCUCAAAAGGUUAUCUACAUUUCUCUGUUAACCACUCAAAGAACCUCAAGGACCCUACCACCGGACGCAACACCAAUGCCAUUGAGGCAUACUGGAAUAGAAUGAAAAGGAAAUUCCACGAGGGAGGCCCUGUAUGUGAUCGAGCUGUGUGGGUUCACAGAGACGAAGUGCAGUAUCGUCUUUGGUUUGGCCUAAAUGCCAUGUCUUUGACAGAUGCCUGGGAACUGUUCCUGUCCCAUGCUGUGCAGACUUAUCCUAUUUAAAAGUUAUUAUGUUUUGUAAUAUACUGGCAUAAUGCGAAUGUAUGCCGUAUACUCAGGUGUACGUGUGUAACGAUGGGGAAGGUUGGGUAACAGCGACCAUCGUCCAUGUAACCUCCUACGAUGUUCGUUCGGCCAGCCCAUGUUAGGCCGUCGGGUAAAGUCCAAGUAGUGCGUGAAAGUAGGCCUGCAACCGCUGAUAUAGCCUGAAGGCGUUUGAGUCCACUGUUAAAGGUAUUAUUUCUAGGUAACAGAUUUUUUUGGGUGCCAUCUCCCGAUUGUUACCGAAAUAGUUUCCACUCCUCUCUGCCUAGCAAAACGUUGCAGAUUGUGGGAUGCUAGAUUUUGUUUUUUUUAUCAAAAAUUGGCGUGGAAACCAAACUCUCAGUCUACUGAAGGUGCUUCCGGACAAUAAGCCAUGGCGAAUUUCGUUUUUCGGAUAAUUGUCCGAUGAUCUGUCGAGGAUCUGCCUCAACAGGUGCUCUCAAAAGGCCACUGUCCAGCUCCAUAUGCGAUCGGAGAGGUUGGAAUCGUCCAAUCGGAAUUUCGCCAACCAAUGUCGGCACUGGCGGAGACUUAAGGCCUUCGGAUAGGCACAACAAAUUGCUUUUGUGGCUUUUGUUGCGUUGGUUAUCCUGCGAAAUUCCCGCAGCAUACAACGACAAACAUGAGCUAGUUGAUUAACGACUGGGACAGACAAGACAUUAGCUAACUAACAUUCCAAAAAAAAGCGAAAUUGCGCCCCCUUACCCCUAAUACUCUUACGGCAACAGGUGACUGCUUUCUGUUUGGGCAGACGUACUGAUUGAGUUUUUGCACGCAGACACGCGGGACUUUACUUAUCCUUUUUGGGUAUUUUAACGCAGAAAAACACCGGUAGACUAGGUGGUUAGUGAAGGUGGGCGGAGGGCACGUACAACUGCGAAACCGAUGUUUAGAAGAGGUUGCAUAGUCUUGAUCGAAAGUGGGAUGAGGAGAGCGCGCGGUAUGCACAUGCGUUUUCAGUUGAGGGCGUCUGGUGAAUGUUCUGCCUGAUGCACCAGCGCAGCUAUUUGUACAGGCGCAGCCGGUUUUGCACUGUCGCAGGUAUUGUUUGGGUCCAGGUAUUGACAGAAGUGGGCAUUAACUAUCCCUAAAACACUUGCUGCCUCCCUCUGACCUGCGCCUGUGACUGUCUGCUUGGCGGUCUGUUAGUUGGGUGUCUGUUUGUGUUCUCUGCCAUUACCCUCUCGGGGAUUGGUUGGUUCGCCUAUUCCUCUGCACGCAAACCGAUCCGGGCACUUAUGCAGCGCGGAAGGCGUCGCGUGUGCAGCACGCUUAGACGGGCUCUCUAACACUCUCAGUCACUGCUUCCAUGCUAGCCUUUACACUUCCUUGCCGUCGGAGCAAGAUGGGCAGGAAAAGGGGGAGUGUGAUAGGCGCUGCGAAAGUCCGCGUCACUAUAAACUAGUUCACGCGCAAAUCUCUGGUAUCGCACCCACUCCGUGGGGCACGCGGUGAGCACUGUGGCUUGCGACGACCAAAUUGCCAUUAGUCAGACCCAUAUCCAAUUAAUCGCAGUAAGGACUAACAGACACGGAGGCGUUAAUGAAACUUCCGGCGAGAAUUAUGUCUUCUCCACAAGCCAUCUUACGCAGUAUGCGUGCACGCAUAUUAGUUUCUGGCAAUAGAUCUCUUCCCGAUUGGUGCGCGCCCUUUUAACUGUUCCCUUGUCGCUGAUAGAAGCGAACAGGCGAGUUCCAGAUAGCAGUUCAGAAGACGAAGAUGCGAUCACUGGAACAAGAAAUGUAUUGGCCUGACGUUUCGGAUUCUCACACGAAUCCAUCAUCAGAGACAUUCGCAGAUAAAGGUGCGAAUAUCUCUGAUGAUGGAUUCGAGUGAGAAUCCGAAACGUCAGGCCAAUAAAUUUCUUGUUCCAGUGAUCGCAUCUUCGCCUUUGGUUCCCUAGUCCUUGUGCCCACCCCCUACUGUUCUGCCUCAUCUGUCGGCGGCAGGGUCGCACCAGACUUUUGCACCUGCCUGGUCGGGCAGUCAUCCUCCCGACGCAUGACUUGUGCACUGUUGCGUUCCAAGGACGUGGCACCGGGUUUCAACACAGGCGAGAUAGUGAACCCAUACCGAUCAUUGUUUUUGCAUGUUUGCUCUUGCGCAUCUGCUUUCGCUCGGCAAACCCACCGACCUAUCAACCAACACGUCACGUAUUUUGUCACUUAACUUAGCGUUCUAAGACUAAACUUGUUGGCAAUGCACUGAUGAUAUAGAACGCACCUACCGUAGCGUUUAUCAUCAUGCAUCUAACCUACUCCGUGUUUCAGGAGGGACCUCAGCAACUGCAAGUCAUCUGAAGGGAAGUUACUCACCUUGGAAGAGCACUGUCUUGGGUUUCAACACUCACCGGACCUCUUGGCCUUCUGGGCUUGGGAUAUAGUUAACUGGCAAUCCACUCUUAGCUUACUGACCUUUUUGCGGUCUUACCCAUAGGGUUCACUCAUCUGCAACAAAGAGUAUCUGUUCCGCAACAAAGUCUGAUUGUAGAGACUAAACAGGCCUUUGCUCAAUAGCUCAGCUGAAAUACCUCAUAAAUGCGGGGGUAGAACAUUCGAAGUGAGUCAAACGAAAUCCUUAAAAAAGGCCAAAGGUGUGAUCUGAAUGGGUCUGGGUUUUCGUACGAGGAGAGGACGCAGCCCGCAUGCUUCUUCAGGCAGAAGAUAGCUAAAGCGCAGUCAUUUUCAUUUAUUCUUGUGUCGGCGAACUCAGCUUUCUUCUUGAGAACGAUGAAAUAGAGGGUGAUAACGUCAGUCUCAGGAAGUCGGCUCUGAUUAUCCGACAUUUUAAACAGCAUACAAGCUUCCAUCCUCAGCGUUGCAUUGGCCUCGCGUCUCUGGAUCCCUUCUAUUUUCACACCGAAGUUGGUCAUGGGUUUAGUGGCUGACGCGAUAUAUAGCCGCCGUCUACGCGUGCAACACGCGUGCCGUCCUGCGCCAACCAGACACCAUCCACCGGGCAGAAGUCUCUGUUCUGAGGAUUACUUUCUUCUUAUUCUGCCAGCUGGCAGUACUUCCGGCUAUAACUUUUGUACUACCGUUAUAGCUUGAAGGUGUUUCUGAUCUGUUAGAGUGGAGAUUGAUCUCGUAGGAUCUGCUUCAGUUGACUGCACCCGUCGGCUAAUGACAAAACCGAACAAGGGGGAAUAAAGAUUAGAUCAGGCGACUAGUUGGUCCGCUGUUCUGUCCCGUCAAACACACACACACACACACAUGUGCAGGAGGAUAGCAAACGCAUAAAAAGACCGGAUACUGAGGAGAGACCUUUUAACUCCUCACAUUUUACGCGGAAACGCCCAUUUUUGUAUCCUCCCUUCCCGCUUCUUCUCGGCCGACACGCCCAAGUAAAAGUGGAGACAUCGUUGGCAGCGGCCUGUAUUUACGUACGUAUUUUAACAGUUGGUGUUAGGUAUGUCUGAGGUCUACUGAUUUACUCACCUGGAAGGCAUCUCACCACGGCUCAUGAAUUCAGCAAGAGAAAUUCAACAAGCGUCUCAUCCAACAGUCUCUUGUCUAAAUUGUCAUCGUGUUACGUUAAUGCUGAAUAUAAUUACUAUGGCACAUCCCUAAAACGCGUCUGAGAGCCCUCGUUGGUUUGGUGUCUGACUGGGUAAAGUAAUAAGCCAAAAAUGGCCCUUCCUGUGUCCUCUACCUUCGUGAAUAACGCUUCUGGAAUACUCCACAUUGUUGUGAAACAAUUAUUUGACCUUUCAGUAUUUGUAUGAGAUGGGGCGUUCUAUUUUCCAGUCAUGAGUGUUCACCUUUUUUAUCUUCGACAUUUGCGACGUCAGUUGCUUGUUUGUCUCCAACUGCAGGUAAACACGUACUUCCACUUGCAUUAAAGUCUACAAGACCCAGUAGAGACCGUCCUGUCGACUAGCCAUUCACACCGUACUAGACCACAACGUCGCCCUUCAAAACCGCCGUAAAUCCCUUCAGGAACUCAGAGUGAGUGUAUAAGUAACCCGCAAGUACCCAGAAAGGGUGAGUUGCACCAAUAAACUAUGCGCAUAUAGCUAGCAAAGUAGUUGCGGAAUGUUUUACCGGGAGGGGAUGUAUUGUUGAUACCGACCAAGCCAAUUGACGACAAGAAGCUUGGGAGGUGAAUCUCCGUCCGUUAGCACAUCCGCUGUCUAACUGGUGCGUCUGUAGGUUGCGAAUGAUGGAACGCGUCCUCACCGCGCAACGAAGGCGAAUCGGUAGGCUCUUGAAUCUGACAAAUAAGCAGUCGCGGUCCCAACAGCGGUUUUGCCUUCCAGCGUGACUGGGCAUUGAUCUGACCAAUCGGGUACUCAUGGGAAGAUCACAAGCCGUAGCAGUAUCACGACUUGACAAAUGCGAAAUUUCGAGUUCCAGGUGUAUACAUCAGUAAAGGAGAAGAGGUGUCGAGCACCGGAACAUGUUGUUUAUUGUCCUGAGCUUUCGAAAUCGUGCAGGAUUUCAUCUUCAGAGAUGGAAACAGCAACAGAACGAGUGAUAGUUAUAGGGCAUUUAAGCCAAUCACCGACCGACAGCGCAAGACUGAAGGUGGCUGCGCAGGGCUCAGUACGCCGGCGUCAGAUCGAUAAAUCGACUGACUGCCUGACUCCUGUUCUGUCCGGCACACUACUGGAAUCUAAAACGCGUAUGGAUGACAGCAUCCACCUUCAAAUGAACGAGUUAGAGGAAACCACUCUCCGUCCCCACCAGGCCGAUCACAUUACAGGCACCCACUGAGCCAUGGAUAACCUCGGUUUUCUUGAUGACUGCAGUUCCAUGAUCCACGCGCUUGGGUCGGACCUUUCGAUGGCCACUGGAGCCAAGUAAGACCAUUUCCUGUCUAAACAACGGAUAUGCUUGCUGCGCAACAUAAAUACUUACUAACUGAAUUACCACAAGGAAUUACCCACAAGGAAGGGCGGAGCAAUGGCACUUAUAACUCGAGGCGGUCCCUUUGGUGCACAUCAAAAUCGAUCAUCUUGCUGGUAUGGGGUACUUGUUUCCGUUUGACCAAGGUCGUCAAGUGACUGUGUCUUUCGGUGAGAAUCAGCUCAGCAAGAGCGGGGAGUUAUGGACUCAACCUCAUCCGGUGGAAAGUGUUCUUAGUCUUACCCGACGGACGAAGAGAAUACGUGCACGUAGCCGUUAGGCAAAUAUCCUUUUUUUCUCUUUGUAAUUCGCAAAUGGCUAGACGUUUGACCCCCCACCAAAUAACGUCGAAGAUUGUUCCAAUGACUGUGUCUGGGGGGGGGGCAGGUUUAAAGUGUUCUUCACGUCCGAAUGCAACAAUGUGUCCACUUUUUCGGGUUCGUUUUGCCGCAUGCGGCAAUGGGAAGGCAUCGUGCGGACGGUGCUGGCGGUUGUCUUUUUUGAUCUGCACACGGUCCUGUCUCCUUUCCCACUGGUCACGUAUGCGCCUCGCGCUGAUUUGGUCCAGUUAACGAUCAACCAAUCAGGCGUGCCCUGUGCUGUUUGCCGCCGGCGGACACCGUGUCACGAAUCGCAAACUUAUCUAUUUUGCGUGACCUUGACGCUGGGUAUUUUCGCUCCCGCGCGCCUGCCUGUUUCGAAAUCCAGUGGCGUUUAAGUGCCCCAUUUGGCCUCUAACGUUUUCACCUGUCGAAGACUUAAGGCUACCUAAUUUCCUUUUAUUUGCUUUGCGCGUGGUGCAGAUCUGGUCGCGUCAGCGCUUGGAAUAGGGACGAAUUUAGCAAUGAUGUUGUAAAUCCGGCUUCGGAAACACGAUUUGGUUAUUCUAGCUUCUCAUUUACCAACAUUCAGGAAAGCGAAGAGGAAAACGUCUGGACGAAUUAACUUUCCAUAAUGUGAAUCAGAGGAAGACGCAACUUAAGUUUUCCACAAUCCCUGUAUACGGACAUCCUAGUUGCGACGAUUAUCCCUUCGUCCCAACCUGAUCUGGUCGGAAGAAGUUCGUCUCGUCUGAGUAGGCGUAAAGCACGCAUGCGACGUUGCAGUCUGCUCGUGCUGGUGCGCUUAGAGAUCAUGACAGUUCAGUCGUCGAUUGAGACGAUGUCCACCGUGUGCUCCACAGCAGGGAUAGAGAUUUGCGUAUUAAAUCAGUUACCUAAAGAUGCCGGCUUUCGAACAAACUUCCUGCCGGCCACAUGCAAAAACUACGCUCUGUAAAAAAUGGCUACUUAUGUAGCAUGCAUUUUUUCUCAUUGCUUUUGAAUGGUUUUAAAAAUUUAAAUAUUUUGAAUGGAAAACACGCAUAAAAAUAUUCAUUCUUUUCUUCGUUCGGUCGAAUGUUACGUAUUCUUUCAACUUUAUUCUCAAAGGAAGGGUAUAAUUCGGUUUUAAAAAAAGUUUCUAAUUGGGAGACGUUUUAAUGCCGUGAGGUGUCCGUUCAUAAAACUUUAUUCCUCUGCAUUUACUAAUGUUACUUGUAAAGCUUACAAUAUGGCUCAAAUCCACUGCUAUAUUUUAUGAACCCCAUAUUGUCUCCUCCCCAUAUAGUCUCCUCUACGGUAGAGGAAUAUAUGGUUUUCCGUACCCGCAAAAUAUACGGCUUGUAGGAUUGAAACCCUGAAUACAAGUGUAAUGGCUGGUCGAGUUCAAAAUUUUUCGGGAAUUGGAAAAGUUUUAAAAAACCGAAUUAUGCCCUUUCUCUAAGUAUAAAAUUUAAAGAAGACGUAAAACUUAUCUUUUAAGUAUCCACAUAGAGAGGUAUGAGGUUUUGUAAACAAGGAGGAUAUUCUGUGAAACCCCUCCGUGAGAUUUCAUGAGGGUAAAGUCUUAGAUCAGAAAGGUUGUGUGGGGUACCGCAUCUAGGAGAAAAUAAAACUCUCCUUCUUCAAAAACUUUUCUAACUCUUGAUGCGGCAGACUGUGACAGUAAGUCCAAGCAAAUAGAACCAGUCACAGCGCCAUCAAAAAUAAUCGUCCGAAGAGCCUCAUCUUCACAAGAAGCAUCAGCUGAGCUGUCCGCUGUUGAGGAGUUUAUGCAUUUUGGGACACCUUGCAUAGGGCAUACUUUUUCUGUCAAGUCCCUCUAGGUCAAAUACUCGACUGCACAUAGGCAGCGUAAUGACUUUUCUCGAAUAAGCCGAGUAAAGCUGAUCAGAAAGUUUAUCACUUGAAGGGGAGAGUUCCGGGAUGUGGUAUUUCGGAAACGCAGGAUAUUAUGACUUCAUAAUUACACCUGGUGUUAUUUUAUACUUCGAGAUCCAGUCAACUUUUCGUUUUUUUCCUACGCUCCCAAACCAUACGCCUCCCCUCCCCCCUUGAAAAGAAUGUACCACUUACGCUCGCAUUCCAUGGCCAAACAUCUUAGUGCCCAUUAAAUGCCUGAAUAGUCUGCAUCCGAUUAUGUGCUUUACAUGAGGAAUUAGAGAGCGUUGUACAUUUAACUUAUCGAAGUUCAUAAGGAUGAUGAGGAGUAUUGUUGGCUAUGUAGAUGCAGACGAGAAGGAAAGAGAAGAAAAUUCUAAUGAGGGGGCUGAUCAGAGGGAAGGAGGACCACGAAAAAGGCAAUUUAGCGAGCAUACGUAAGCUUUCGAUGAAUUCUCAUCAGGUCUAUACAGUUAUAUUGUUGUUGAAAUUAUUAAAAGGAAAAUGCGGACAAGCAGAUGUUAUUCAGGACAGACCACUUCUAGGUGUAUUUACCCCUUCACCUGCUCCUGUGGGGCAGAAUACAUUGGUCGCACGAGCCGGCGUUUGUCCAAAAGAAUAUGGCAACAGCAGAGGCGGCUGCAAUCAGGCUAUACAAAACAGUUCUAUUGGCCAAAGCCACCAUGCCAGCCACCUACGUAUAAUUACCCGUCCCAGUGCCCACCAUCCCCUUCUACCCCCUGACACUGACGGUAAUUUUGUUUUUUACCUCACCCACCCAGACUCUCCGCCCCCAAACCCCGGCUACAGAGUAACUUCUGCUUGCCCGCAAUUUCCUUUUAAUCAUUUCGACGGCGCUAUAAAUGUAUAGGCCUCAUGAGAAUUUAUCGAAAGCUCAUGUAUGUUCGCCAAAUCGUCUUUUGAAUUCUUCAGUGGGUAGAAGGAUGUCUGAAAGGCCCAUAAUUAUGUGGUGAACAAGAGUAGGGAAAAUAGGACCGUUAUCAUGAUAACUGUAGUAGUAGUAGUAGUAGUAGUAGUAGUAGUGGCGGUGGCAGUGGUGGGGAUGGCGGCGACGGUGUGAGGGAGGGGGGAGAGGGACAGUUCUCCGAGGUGGAGGAGGAGGAGGAGGAGGAGGAGGAGGAGGAGGAGACCAUGUUGCGCCUGUAAUGUAUUUUUGGAAACGGUGGCUCUCAUAUCUCCAAAAAGGUUCCCUUGCCGUUUUAGUUUUAUUCCUUUAGAUUUUAUUCGUGUCGACCACAUGGGCGUUUGCACAUUGCCGACGCCCUGUCCCCUCUAUCGUGUUUUUUCCUGCCCACUUUUUGCCAGCAUGUUAAUUGUCAUCUGAGCUGUUUGAUCGGUCGGCUUGCGUCCCCCCCCCCAGGUGUUUCGGUGACGAUCGGCUCCACUUGAUUCUGACUUUUAUCUGGUCUGUGUUCUGACUGAUUGUAGACAAGCAUCUGGCCCACAGUAUACUCUCCAAACUGUUCCGCCUCAUUUGAACACUGAGAAUAAGCUGAUUUCUGCCUGCCUGUCUGUGCCCACUUAUUGUAGGCGCCGCAGCGGAACGUCUCUUGCCCCUGAUCCACCGAUACCAGAUCGACUCCCUUGUCUCCACCGCAGAACGGACGCUCACCUACAGCCUGACAGACAGUCUGGCGCCCAAGAUGCUCAGCCUCGCCGACCUCUAUGGUCUGGAGCGACUGAAACAGGCAGCCAUUGAUUCCUGCUCCCGUCUCGACAUGCCACGACUGUCCGCCUACUUUGAUGAGGCCCAGAUCUCCACGGAUCUCAGGGCUACUGUCUUCGCGUAUGUCCGUUUUCCUCCUCCUCCUCCUCCUCCUCCUUGUUUUCGAAGGCACUACCGGUUAGAUGGUAGUUGGUAGCCCUCCCGGUAUCGAAAACUCCCAGCUACUUGACUUACGGGACCGGUGGUAAUAGGGGCUAUACGGGUGGGGCAAAUGAGCGGAGGCGUAAAUGACGCUUGUAGGGAAUGCCUGGAAUUGACGAUCCUGAUAAAGUGGAAACCUAAUUUAAAUAAGGUGAAAAAUGCGAGGAAGAUGAACACUUCGGAUCUGACUGACGUAUGAGACGCCUUGCUGUUGCAGUCUGAACCCAAGAAGUAGUAAGUGCGCGAUGUGGUAGGUGAAGUGCGCCCAGUUCAAACCCAGCAAUGUCGAAGCGCCCGGAGGGGGAGUGCCGUAGUGCCUUAAACUGGAAGUGCAGGAAAGGAUCGCUAACUGACCAUGGCGGUGUUUACAAGGCGUCACAGUUUUCAGCCAAACCCCUGCGACCAAAUACAACCGGGCCGUUCGUAAAGGUGGGGGGUGGAGGGCAACACUCUGUCAAUACGACUGAUACAGUGGAUGGAGUAUCGGUAGACACCCUAACUGAGCGUCGGUUGUCCUUUCGUACACGAUCGCACCGGACUCUACUGGAGGUCUGGAGUAAAAAGACCCAAGGAUGCAGGCAAACCGACGAAACGGAGACCCACGCCAAUCCGCCUAGGAUAGUACCUAUGCAAUUAAUCUGAUGCAGGUAAUACUGUGCGCACAUGCAACUAGAAGCAUAAUGGGAAGCAUGAUGAAUCAUAAUCCGUUUAGGAUAAAUCUUUCGCCUUUUACUAAAGAUUUCCGUGUGGGGGUGCAAUACAAUGAGUCUAUAUAGAUAGUCUUGCAGCGCCUCGUUCUCGGGGCGGUUAAAGUGAAGAAGAAAGUCAUCCUGACAGGGCCUCUGUGCGUGCACCCCCAAACAUAAUGAGAACGUUAUCAAAGAUACCGAAAUCGAGCCAGUAUGUACAAUUGUAGAAUCAGUGGGCAGGGCUACCAACUACCAUCCUGCCGCACUACCAAUUUUUAUGUAAUACUCCAGAGUAUCCUCAUCACAAGGUAGUGAUUUCACCAAAUUUCCCGGUUACUUUUCGUUAGAGGCAUUAUCCUGCGGUCAUCAACCGACGAAUUAGCGAUUGUGAUAGUAGAAAAGCUCUUUACCUGGCUUUGCCUAGGAGACAGUCUCCCUGUGCACGUAUCACUUGGGUGCUUCCAACUCGGCUGGCUAGAGUUAAACGACAGCUUUUAAAAUACGUUGUCUUCCGUUAAAAUACAUGGCGGGUUAUUUUUGUCCGUGAAAUGUAUCCUCCAGUAAUGAAACAUGUGGCUGAAAAAGAGCAUUUGCCUGAAGCAGCUGUUGGUUAAAAACUAUAGGUAGUUGUAUUACUUCAUAAGAACUGAAUUGCCUCGUAUUUCCGUUCUUAUAUCAGCAGAUAAAUAAGUCACGAUCUCAGGAUAAUUGUCUUCUACCCACAGUGAAUGACCGAUCUCAUUAAAUGUUGGGCGAAAUUUUGAAAUGCGCUUUCAAAUAGGAAGGAUUACUUAGGCGCGGUUGUAAUACUGAUUAUCUUGCGGCAUAUUCCUAUAAUAUUUCAGACGCCGCAGGAUGUCAACUUUUGAAUACACUGCUUCUCUAUCUCCCGUAGAUGCCGUUUUCGGUAAAAAAAAAUGACUUUUUAUGUAGCAUGCAUCGUGUCCGUUGAUUUUUAAUGGUCUUACAAAUUCAAAUAUAUUUUAUAGAAAGCACGAACAAAAAUAUUUUUUCAGUCGUUUGAUAGAUAAUCACGUCACCUUUAUAUUUUACAUUCGAAAAAAGAGUAUUAUUGGGUUUCUAAAAAGUUUUCUAAUUGCCGAAUAAUUUGGAGCCUGAUCAGUCGUUGCACUGGCGCUUAUUGGUUUCAGUCUACAAGGUGCAUGCGUUCCGCGUAAAGAAAAUCACAUAUUCUUGUAUGCCUUUUAAAAUAUAUCGUAUGGAGUCCGAAAAAAUUUGUAAUGGAUGCGGACUAUGUUGUACAUUUCAUAAGGAGCAGUGUUGAACGGAUAUACACGAUACUGUGUGAAUGAACAUUGAACUGUCUCAAAAAAUCUCAUAAUUGGAAACCUUUUGAAAAUCCAAUAAUACUCCUUCUUCGAAUAUAAAAUAUAAAGAUGAUGUGAUUAUCUAUCAAACAACUAAAAAAAGCAUAUUUUCGUUCGUGGUUUCUAUAAAAUAUAUUUGAAUUUAUAAGACCAUCAAAAUCAAUGGGAAAAAUGCAUGCUUUCAGUUGGAACGUCACAAGAGAGGGUGUGUGCUUAAAAACCGUUGCCGUCAGUUGAUGGGCUCUGCUCUGGGACACCAGGUGUCAAACCCUUCGCUGUAAAAAAAUACGCAUUUCUUACCGAAUUUCCAAGCCGCAUUUUCUGAGUACUCGCUAAUUGGGUCAUUGGAGUUAAGUUCAAGAAGAGAGAAAGACAAGGACGACAAAAACAGUGGUUUUUGACAUUUUUACUCUUCCCAGUCAAACCUACUCCGCGUAGGUCACUCCUCUUCGGCUGCGCGCAGGUCGUACAUACGGUCCGCAUUUUAUUCGCUCUCAUCGAGAAUACUGACCUUGAUAGUAACUUGCGCUGGCGGUUGUUGUUUGACGAGUAUUCACCGAUUCCAGCCAAUCAGGGACGUCCAUCUGCAACUAACCCGCCUUUAUGGAAAUCAUAUCAGGUACUAAUAGAAGCGAAGACGCGAGCUCCAGGAAACAGUCUUGAAGAAGGAGACACGAUCACUGGGACAAGAGCUUCAUCAGCCUGACGUUUCGGAUUCCUGCUCGAACCCAUCAUCAGAGACCAAAGCAGAUACGGGUGGGCCCUCUUCAAGACUGCUUCUUGGGACUCGUCUCUUCGCUGUUAUUGGCAAUGUAUUUGGGCGCGAUGCGCUCCGAUCGGCCCGGUGAUGAGAAGCCUUCGCCCUUCGGGAGGCCUCCACGUAUUGGCAGAUCCGGUUUCUGCACAGGUGUCUCGACAAUAAUGUGUUACCGAAAUGUGUUCCAUACAAGCCCUCGGUUUACACGGAUUUGGCGAGAUGUCAACUUUUGAAUACAGUGCUUCUCAAUCUCCCCUAGAUGCCGCACUCGGCAAAAAAUGACUACUUAUGUAGCAUGCAUUGUUCCCAUUGAUUUUUGACGGUCUUACAAAUUCAAAUAUAUUUUAUAGAAACCACGAACAAAAGUAUGCUUUUUUAGUUUAUAAAACCACGUCACUUUAUAUUUUAUAUUUGAAAAAGGUGUAUAACUGGGUUGUUAAAAAGUUUUCUAAUUGCCGAAUAAUUUAGAGCCUGAUCAGUCGUUGCACUGACGCUUAAUGAUUUCAGUCUAUAAACUGCAUGCGUUUCGCAUAAAGAAAAUCACAUAUUCUUAUAUGCCUUUUAAAAGAUAUCGUAUGGAGUCCGUAAAAUUUUGCAAUGGAUGCGGACUAUUUUGUACAUUUCAUAAGGAGCAGUGUUGAACGGAUACGCACGAUACUGUGUGAAUGAACAUCGAACGGUCUCAACAAAUCUCAUAAUUGGAAACCUUUUAAAAGCCCAAUAAUACUUCUUUUUCGAAUAUAAAAUAUAAAGAUGACAUGAUUAUCUAUCAAACGACUAAAAAGCAUAUUUUUGUUCGUGGUUUCUGUAAAAUAUAUUUGAAUUUAUAAGACCAUCAAAAUCAAUGGGAAAAAUGCAUGCCGUCAGUUGAUGGGCUCUGCUCUGGGACACCGGGUGUCAAACCCUUCGCUUUAAAAAAAAUAAACAUUUCUUACCGAAUUUUCAAGCCGCAUUUUCUGAGUACUCGCUCAAUGGGUCAUUGGAGUUAAGUUCAAGAAGAGAGAAAGACAAGGACGACAAAAACAGUGGUUUUUGACAUUUUUACUCUUCCCAGUCAAACCUACUCCGCGUAGGGCACUCCUCUUCGGCUGCACGCAGGUCGUACAUACGGUCCGCAUUUUAUUCGCUCCCAUCGAGAAUACUGACCUUGAUAGUAACUUGCGCUGGCGCUUGUUGUUUGACGAGUGGUCACCGAUUCCAGCCAAUCUGGGACGUCCAUCUGCAACUAACCCGCCUUUAUGGAGAUCAUAUCAGGUACUAAUAGAAGCGAAGACGCGAGCUCCAGGAAGCAGUCAUGAAGAAGGAGACACGAUCGCUUGGACAAGAGCUUCAUUAGCCUGACGUUUCGGAUUCCUGCACGAACCCAUCUUCAGAGACAAAAGCAGAUACGGGUGGUCCCUCUUCAAGACUGUUUCUUGGGACUCGUCUCUUCGCUUUUAUUGGCAAUGUAUUUGGGCGCAAUGCGCUCCGAUCGGCCCGGUGAUGGGAAGCCUUCGCCCUUCGGGAGGCCUCCACGUAUUCGCAGAUCCGGUUUCUGCACAGGUGUCUCGACAAUAAUGUGUUGUCGAAAUGUGUUCCAUACAAGCCCUCGGUUAACACGGAUUUGGCGAGACGAGCAGUAUUUCAUAGGUAUGCGGUAGCAUGGCGACUGCAUCCUAUAAAUAUUGCAGCCUCUUGUGCAUGAACCAACCGUAUCUGCUUUUCUCUCCGAUGAUGGGUUCGAGCAGGAAUCCGAAACGUCAGGUUAAUUAAGCUCUUGUCCCAGCGUUCGUGUCUCCUUCUUCAUAUCAGGUACUCUCGGCAGGCAUACUUUAGCCUAUCCGAAAUUAAUGCUGCGCCAGUGACGCUGCCGUGAAUCGCAACCAGCCUCCGUGCCUUUAGUCUUCUCAGCGCUUGCCUUUGAAGCCGAAGGAUCGUUGUUGCAAUCAUAUUUGAGACACUGAGAUGCCCCAAAGUUUGUGGCUGUGCAGUCAUUUCGCUUUUAAUCUCGCUUUACUGUGAAUGGACAAUCCGAUAGGGAGGGCACCUUUGACAAUGCAUGCUCUCUGGUAGCAGUCGAACGCGUAUCCAGUGCUGCCCUUCAAAAAGGCGAGUCCGCAUCGAGCUCGAAAACGUUCGAAUCUGUUCUGAACUCGGUUAGCCAAUCAUGCAGCGCGUUUUCCAUCCACGAGCCCAUUGGAGUGUUCCAAGGCCAACGUGUGCACAAUCAGUCGUAUGCCGACCUUGAGGUGAGUCACUAGUUGAAAGACGACUGACAUUUCAGUGUUGUCACAAUUUUCGCUCAGGUGGGUUCUGGUGUUCACCGAAUGUAUCCUGAUGCUGCUUAACUGCCUGUUGUGAAGCACACGCCAGGUUUUUUAGACUGUUUAUUGGCAAUUUACAUGGAGAUACAAUCGAUCUCCGUCGGGACGUUGCGCCAGCAUUAUAACAGAUCUUCUUAAGCAAUACCGUUAACAGAUGUUAUUAACCGGCAGUUACUAUCGACAGAGAAGGAAGAUCUUUAUGUAGCCACUUUUACUCAAUUAAUAGCCAUAUCCCAACCUCAGGAUAGAACUCAAAGUCUUUAGGUCGUCUUUGUGCUUUUACAGCGCGUAUGACUUUCAUCUAGCCCUGGCUAGCGUCGUUGACUUUAUUAGGCACUGAGAAGGGCUUGGAAAUGCUGGGUAGUAUUAGCUUACUGGGAGUAUAUUCCCAGCAGCUCCAUGACAGCAGGCUGUAAGUGAGGAGGAUAACGCUCGCUGAAUGUGACUUGAAUCCCAGUUAAUACGACAAUUAAAGAGUGGCAAGUGAUGAAGCCCGCUUCAUGCCCCACGGAGUGGACACAGCAUUGGUGACUUGCGUGUGAAUUGUUUUUUUUUUAGUAAAACGGACUUGCGCAGAAUCUAUCACACCGUCUUCUCACUCGCUCGCCUUGCCGGCGACCGGAUAUGUCUUUGCGUGCCGCACACGACCUGGUCGCACAGCUUUUACCAAGCUGCUAUAAGGCGGACUCGGAGCCUAAACAAUGAGAGUGCCUAAAGGGUCAUAUUAAAAAGGCAAUCUUUGCGACCUGCCUCUUAGACCUACAGUAGAUUUGCUAACUCAUAAAAUGUCAACCAAAAUUUCGAAAUGCGUUCUCGUUUCGAAAAGAUAAAUUAAGUAGUGUUGUAAAACUAACCAUGAUGCAGCAUAAAUCUAUAAUAAUCCAGUUACCUCAGAGUGUCGGCUUUCGAAAGAACUUAUUUUCGGCUGCAUGCAAGAUCUAUACUCUGCAAAAAAUGACUACUUAUUUAGUAUGCAAUUUUCUCAUUGAUUUUCGAUGCCCUUGAAAAUUCAAUUAUAUUUCGUGGAAAACAUGCAUAAAAAUAUUCAUUCUUUUACUUAUUUGGUAGAAAAUCACGUCUUCUUCCAAUUUCAUACUCAAAAGAAGAGUAUAAUUCGGUUUUAAAAACUUUUCUAAUUCCAGAAUAAUUUUGAACCCGACCUGCUGUUACACUUGCAUUCAGGGUUUCAAAACUACAAGCUGUAUUUUUUCCGUGUACGGAAAACCAUGCAUUUCUCUACGGUGUUAAGAGGAGACCAUAUGAGGUUCAUAAAAUUAAGCAGUAGAUUUGAGCAAUAUUGUCAACUUUACAAGCCACAUUCGUAAAUGCAGAUACACGACGUUUCAUCAACGGCCAUUUAACGGUUUUAAAAAAUCUCCCAAUUAGAAACUUUUUUAAAACCGAAUUAUACUCCUCUUUUGAGUAUGAAGUUGGAAGAAUACGUGAUUUUCUACCGAAUAAGUAAAAGAAUGAAUAUUUUUAUGCAUGUUUUCCACGAAAUAUAAUUGAAUUUUCAAGGGCACCGAAAAUCAAUGAGAAAAUUGCAUACUACGUAAGAAGUCAUUUUCUGCAGAGUAUUGAACUUGCAUGCAGCCGAAAAUAAGUUCUUUCGAAAGUCGACACCCUGAAGUAAAUGAAUCGUUGUAGAUUUAUGCUGCAUUAAGGUUAGUUUUACAUCACUACUUCCUUUAUCUUUUCGAAACGAGAUCGCAGUUCGAAAUUUUGGUUGACAUUUCAUGAGUUAGCACAUCUACUGUAGGAAGGAUUGAGUUACGGUCGUCUGCUGGGCAUCUUUAGGCCCGGAUAACAUACUUGCAGAAACACAGUGACAGUUGUCUUUGCGAGAAGUCGCUCUGACUACUGUCUAGCAUUCUUAUUUAAGAAAUAGCUGGGAAAGAACCGACGGGUUUGCAUUUCGAUUGUUUUUGAGUCAGAAUGCUAAUCAGCAGUCUUCGCUUGAUUUGUUGCUCAGUGACAUUCACAAAAAUUCAUACUAACCCAACUGUGAAAAACUCGGCGCCUCGGUGGGAUUCGAACCCACGCAGUAAGCGGAAGACUUUAGUACAUAAAUUACGUGAGCCUGGUAGUCAUCCGGUGGAUUCUAGGGUAAUUACUUAAGAAAUCCUGCUUGGGCAGUCAACUUACUGUAUCAGAUUUGGUGGAUUCCAGACGUUGCAGUAGGUUGGGCGGGUAACUUGACCCAAAUAUGCUUAAACUCGCGUUGUCCGGCGGGGCCUCGUAGCUCAAGUAGUUAAAGCGUUGGCUGUACUAAAGCCUUUCCCUUACUGCGUGAGUUCGAAUCCCACCGAGACGCCGAGUUUUUUACAGUUGGGUCAAUAUGAAUUAUUCAAAAUCAGCCAAAAAAUCUAUGACAUCAGAAAAAUCUCUCUUCAAAGUCACAUGACAGAGCGUUUGCUGAACGAACCCGAUUUUAGAUAUCUGUAUCACAGUCUCACUGGUCGGUACCAAUUAUGUUUUUCGAGCAUGCAUUGCUCAUCACAAGGCAACUCGUAAGCAGGGACUCCCUUAGUCAAAUAGGGGACCUCUUUUUCGUCCCGCACUCUAGGCUGAUCAGUAGCGGAAACCCUGGCGUGGUCUUUGAUCUCCCCUAGAUAAUUUUAAGUUCGGCAAGACAUUUAUGCGAUCAAGAACACUACGGAGGAGUGGAAGGGUCCUUUAAAGUUGCCCCGUGCCAUGAAUUGCCCCCAUUUCAUGCUGCUGUGCAUUCACUUCAUCAGGGAACGAAUAAAACUGCUGGAGAAGUAUGUCAAUGAAAUCCAAAACAGUUUUACCCGCUCCUGUGUACGUCUGGAGAGCCGUCUGGAGCGCGUCCCUGUCAACCACUGUCAAGACCACAGCCAGCCUCUCUCCAUGAAAACCGUCCGAAUCGGCGUGCAUUCCGCCGAUGCGCAAGGUGGUGCUGCCGUCGCGACAGCCGAGGCCACCUCCACCAAUCAGCACGAGGAACGUAGGCUAGCCAAUGAGCUGCAGCAGACAACGGACAAUGUGUCAAUAACACCCGAUGGGCUGGUCACACGCCUCAGCCAAUCAACGCUAAAUUCCCCUACCCGCGGCCUCGAGCCCAGCAUUCGAUUGGCAACGGCGAGCACAAGUGGGCCUCUGCCGGAGACGGCUGCUUCCACGGCCGCCGCGGGUCCUGAACUCGCGGUCGCGGAGUUGCCGGUGGUUUGCGAGUCCUGUGUGGAACACAUGAGUACCUACAUCAAGGACCUCUGCAAGCGCGCUCUCCACAAAGCAACUUUUGUGCCCUACAAACCGCCUGCCAAUUAA